AUGGUGACGGGAAAACCGGAGCCCUUCCAGGCCUUCGCGCCCACCUCUCAACCUGUCGCUUUCUCGCCUCCGUCCAAACGAGAUCUCACUUCCUGGUGGAGGCAGUUCAAGAGGAAUACCCGCAAAGAGGAAGUCAAAGGUACUACAACCUCUAUCGACUCCCUUGAAUCUCACCAUCAUCUCUUCAUGGCUGGCGCUAACGGUUCCUGCGUUAUAAAAAAAAAAAUAGAUAUACCUCGAGGAAUCUUCGGUAUUCCUCUCAACGUCAGCAUCAAAUACGCCAACGUCGCAAUUUCUCUCACAAAUGACAAUGGUGAAAGCUUCAUCUACGGUUACGUUCCUAUCGUCGUUGCGAAAUGCGGGGUGUUCUUGAAAGAAAAGGCAACCGACGUGGAAGGCAUCUUUCGACUCAACGGUUCCGCGAAGCGCAUCAAGGACCUUCAAGAGAUCUUCGACUCCCCCGAGCGUUACGGAAAAGGUCUCGAUUGGACCGGUUAUACUGUGCACGAUGCCGCCAACGUCCUCCGUCGUUAUCUCAACCAGCUUCCCGAGCCGAUCGUGCCGUUGGAUUUCUACGAGCAAUUCCGUCAGCCGUUGCGCACCUAUCAGCGCCAGGUCCAAGGUCUUGCGCCAGCCAACGAGGCGGAGAUUUUUGAUCACGCCAAAGCCGUCGCAGCCUAUCAGCAGCUCAUCAGGGAGCUCCCGCCGCUCAACAAGCAGUUGCUGCUCUACAUUCUCGAUCUCCUGGCCGUUUUCGCUUCCAAAUCGGAGCAGAACCGGAUGACCUCCGCCAACCUGUCCGCCAUAUUCCAGCCUGGAUUGCUCUCCCAUCCCCAACACGACAUGUCGCCCGAUGAAUACAAGCUGAGCCAGGAUGUUUUGAUCUUCCUUAUCGAGAACCAGGACCACUUUCUGUUCGGUAUGAACGGCACCGCGGCGGACGAGGAGACCGUCAAGGCGGUUGAGUCUGGCGGCAUCGCCCCUCGCGCACCCACGACCACCCAGACCAGCAUCCGUCGUUCCGUCUCCAGCGCCAGCGGCGGCGCAGAUAGCUUCCGCAAGUAUGGCAGCCUUCGACGCAACGUGUCCGUGUCCUCCAAGAAUUCGCGAAACUCGAACGCCGCCACCAGCCCUGGCACGCCGUCGUCGUUGAGCGGAGUGCACCGCAGCAAUACCCUUCCGUCGAAAAUGGCUCCUCCUAUGCAGCGCAGGGCCGUUCAAGAGUCCGCCACUGGCAAUACCACGGGACCCGCACCGUCCGCCAAGCCGAGCCCGUCACCCAGUCGGACACCUCCCUCCACGGAGGGCAACAACCACAUUCGUAUUCAGGUUCCUUCAGGCACUGAUGGGGCAUCGGUGAUUGGUACAUCUGGGAUGGCAUACGUCCAUUCGGCCACUCAUGGACCCAUUCCCAAGCGUUUCGCAGGGCAUGUCACCGUCCCUGAGCCCCAACCUCCCCGCGAAGCAUCCGUCUCCCCUCCCCCUCCUGCGGUAGUCACUCCAACCAAGGAACGUAAACUGUCCAACUUCUUUUCCAAGUCUCCACCACCCAGCGGUGAGCAGCGACAACCGAACCGGUUGAGGAAAAAGCGGAGUCCGGGUAGUGUCUGUGAGAGCGCCCAGAGCUCAUCUCAGUCCCUUCAGGGCGUCACUGCUGACAAUAUUCCCCGCACCGUGCCUCCAGAGAAUGGAGUAGCGGCAAACGGUGCUCAGGAUGAAUCCCACACCAAUAACCAGGAAAACGGUACUUCCCAGAGUGAAAACGGACAGACGCUGACAACGGACACUUCGCUGAAGCCACACUCACGAACACCGUCAAUGCGCUCGCGCUCGUCCUUCACGGACCAGUCAGAUCUCGAACAACUCGACGAGACCGCGCGAGCGGAACGCAAAGAACACCGACAGAGCUGGAAAUUUCCCCGUUCGUCUAAACGAAGCAGCGAACAGAUCGGUCUCGUGUCGCCUCCCUUGGGAGCGACCAACCCGAGUGCUACUCGCAGCGCCAGUUCAAUUGGUAGUUGGCACCAGACCAGCCGCAGCUCACCAUCAGACCUCCAACAGUUUGUCAAUGACCCAGCGAACCAACCGCUCAGUCUUGACGCCGAACUCAACAAUAACGGCUCUCCCAAGGAAAUUGAACCAGAGAGGCGAAGUCUGUUUGGAAAGUUCAAAGCCAAGGUCGGGUUAAGUCGCGACGGAAAAGACACCGACUCUCUCAGAGACCGGACGCGGAGUCCAGUAAACUCGGACACCGAAAUGUCCGUGUCCAAUCUAACGUUGUCACCGCCGCCAAGCAAGGUCAGCAACGGCAGCAAGUCAGCACCUGAAGCGAAUGGUCCUGACGAGUCUCCUGUGUCCCCGUUGCCAGGCUCGGGGUUGCCACAUGCCAUUCCGGAAGAGCCAGGCUCGCCAGAGUCUCCUGUUGCAUCGGCUUUUGUUGAGCAAAAGGAGCCUGUUACGAGUGCUCCUGAGUCGGCACCUGCUCAAACUGAGGCCGCCGCUGGGCCACCUAAAGAGCUGAACUAA